CCUGUGCCAGCCGAGGCAGAGUUCUCCUCUUCUCCAUUUUUGCUGUUCUUUUCACCACCUGUUUUUCAGAAUGCUCUCGCUUUUUGCUCGUCAUAUCGUGUCUAAUUUUCCUGUGCUGCGCACGAAUGUUUUGUCUUCGUCGGUCUUGACUUCGUCCGCAUUCGUUGCGACGCGUCGUACGUUCUUCACUACGCGUCGUAUCCAGCUGCCAGCCGCUGCAUCCAAAAGCGCGUCAACCAAAACAACGAAGAAAAAAACUACAAAGAAAACCCCAGCUACAAAAGCUGCUCCAAAGAAGGUGAAAGCCACCACGGAAGCAAAGUCCAAACCGAAAUCAACAGCAACAUCCAAGAAGACGGUCGAGCGGCCCCCACCCAAGAGGGUGCCCAAGUCUGAGCAGCCUCCUUCGCGUCCCCCUAAUGCCUAUCUGCUUUACUUCUCGAAGCUCGUCCAAGAACGUAGGGGUGACAUUAAGAGUACUAUGGACACCCAGGAUAUGGCAAAGAAAGCUGCAGUUACGUGGAAUAACUUUACUCUUGCGGAGAAACAGCCUUACUACAACGAAGUUGAGGUCUUGAAGAAGCAGUAUGAAGAGAAGCUAGAUGACUAUUGGAAGACUGCUACUCCGAAAACUGUCAGGAAAAUCAAUGCGCGUCGCAAACAUGACGGGAGAAACAAGAUUCACCGACCUCACCAAGAGAAUGACUAUAAGCGCCCUAAGGGACCUUUCUUUAGAUUCAUAGAAAUGUUCCGUCGAUCUGAUGAUGGCAGAGCUAUCCAAGAAGCUGGAACCACUGCCACAGGUAGAGGAGCGGUCAAUGUUGCUCGUUCCCCUUAUGUGGAAGCUUACCAGAAAGCACAUAAUGACUGGCAAGCAAACCACCCCAGCAAGAGUAUCUCUGCAAGUGCAUCAUCGUAGGAGCUUACAUGUCAGGAAGCAGAAAUGCUAGCAAUUCCGCAUGCAUCAGUCCCGCCGUCCUUCCGUUAUUGCAUUUUUCAUCGUCGCUUGCCCACUUUAUCACCCACGUUCAGCCCAAUGAGUUGAUUUUUAUUGCAAUGUUUAUAAUUUCUGAAGUCAUUCGCAUGUCCCUCCAGUCUUAAAUAUGUACGAUAGGAGUUCCUGGUCACGUUCCUUUUGGCUUGCGAAUUCUCUUCAUCGUACCUCUCGUCGAUGGGCAAGUUUCUCAGGCACGCGGACUCAUAUUUGAUACUCGCAAUAAAUGAUAAUCCUAUACGAAGAUGCUCCAGACAUUUGCGCAUCACCUCGAGUACGCUUCAAUCUUAUGUCUUCUGUGAAUGACAUCAGUCGGCCACUCUCAUUUCAAUUUCGAUUUUGGACAAUUACAGUGGACGCUAUCUCCC